CUUUCGAAGUCAUGAAGAUUGAACGCGAUUUGCACAUGGUGAAAGGGGAUGGUGAGUUCAGCUAUGCCAAGAAUUCCAUGAUACAGGCAAGCCCACGACACCUUUCUCCCCACUGUCAGUUACAGUCGGCCAGCAUCAGAGUUGGCACAUGAAAAAUGUUGUAUUUGUUUGGCCACAACUUUGAUAAUUUCCUGCUGCCUCAUAUCUAUCCACAGAGAAGAGCUGUUCUUAUUGCCAGGCCAAUACUCGAGAAAGCUGUAAGGGAAGUGUGCAGAGAUCUUCAUCCCCAAUCAAUGGUCAUAGCUGACCUAGGUUGCUCCUCUGGUAAAAACACACUCCUCUUCAUCUCCGAGGUGCUCAACACAAUAUGCGAAAGCCCUAGCAGAACCCUCAACGAGGAGAGCCCCAUGGAAGUCCAGUUCUUUCUCAAUGACCUCCCUGGCAACGACUUCAACCAUGUGUUCCAGUCGCUGGAGCAACUCGAACAAGAAUGCGCCUGCAGAGGAGGGCUGCAGCCUCCUCCAUACUAUGUGGCAGGUCUGCCAGGCUCCUUCUACACCAGGCUCUUCCCCUGCAACAGCGUCCAUCUCUUCCAUUCCUCCAUAAGCGUCAUGUGGCUCUCUCAGGUCCCUGAGCAUCUUGGCUGCUUGAAUGAAGGGAAUGUUCACAUAGGGGCAAGCACACAUCCAGCAGUGGCAAGGCUCUACCAGGAUCAGUUUGAGAAGGACUUCUCCCGGUUCCUGCAGAUGAGGUGCAGAGAGAUUGUGCCUGGAGGCCGGAUGGUGCUCACAGUUGUUGGGAGGAAGAGGGAAGAGGUGUUUGAUGCUGGAGGGACAACCAAGAUAUACGAGUUACUCUCACAGGGGCUGCGCACUCUCGUUUCUGAGGGACGUGUUGAGAAGGAGAAGCUGGACUCCUUCAACAUACCGAUGUACUGGCCUUCGACUGAGGAGCUGAAGCAGCUGGUGCAGCAGAACGGGCUGCUUCACAUCACUGACAUCCAUCUCUUCGAGAUGGACGGUAGCCCCACGGAUGAGUCGCCGGAGUCGGCUGAUGGUGCCCCUAAGGGCAUCGCUGCUCUGGCCGCCGGCGAGAGAAUGUCUGCGACCCUAAGGGCAGGGACGGAGCCCCUGAUCGUGAGCCAUUUUGGGGAGUCUCUACUUGACGACCUGUUUGCUUUGUUUGCCCGGUAUUUUACUAGCUAUAUUGAGAGUGAGGAUGAGAAGAGCAGCAUCGUUGUGAUCACAAUGUCCUUGGAGGCAAAACACUAACUAGCAAGCUAUUAGUAGUGAUCACCAUAUGUGCUCUCCUUAAUUACAGUGUUUCAAUAAUAAGCUAUUUUAUAGUGCUCUUUCUUACCCUCUCUGU